AUGGAUGCCGCAAUUGAUCUGUCCGAUGCCUCCAAGGCGUUGGACCUUGCAAACAUUCGUUUCCAAUUGAUUCGUCUCGAAGACACAAUCACCUUUCACUUCAUUGAGCGGGUUCAGUUCCAGCUUAGCAAGACGAUCUAUGUUCCUGGCGGCGUCAAAAUCCCCAACAGCGAGCUGAGUCUCAUGGACUAUCUGCUGCGCGAACAGGAACGUCUCCAAUCGCGCGUCCGUCGCUACCAAUCUCCCGACGAGUACCCUUUCUUCCCAGAUGCUCUCGAGGAGCCGGUCCUGCAGCCGCUGUCCUACCCGCAGAUUCUGCACGACAAUGACGUGAACGUCAACGACAUCAUCAAGAAGCGCUACAUUGAGGAAAUCUUGCCCGCCAUUUGCCGACAGGACCGAGAGGAUCGCGGCGAGACGCAAGAGAACUACGGUUCGGCUGCGACGUGCGAUGUGGCAUGCCUGCAGGCCUUGUCGCGACGCAUUCACUUUGGCAAGUUUGUGGCCGAGUCCAAGUUCCAGAAGGAUCCCGAGCUGUUUGUGCGCCUGAUUCGUGCUGGUGACCGGGAAGGCAUCGAUGCUGCCAUCACCAACGCCGCAGUGGAGGCAAAGGUUCUGGAGCGCCUCGGUCUCAAGGCCAAGACGUACGGCACCGACCCUGCGUUCCCGGGUGAGCAGGGUCCUAAGAUCAACAUCGAUGCUGUUGUCGCGAUGUACAAGGAAUGCGUGAUCCCUCUGACAAAGGUGGUCGAGGUGGAGUACCUGAUGCAACGUCUGAAGGGAACGCAAUGGGAGUAA